UAAACUUCCGGCGCGGAAAAUUCAAGUUUGCAGCUUUGAAAGUGUUGUUACAGAACACAAUGCAGCAGGUUGCAGUGCUCACAAUUUAUGCACCUGCUGAGGUUUUGUAGAUGUGGUGAAAUAAAAACAAAUCGGAAUAGUACAUGUAUGUGAAUUUGACUAAAGAGCUUGUGAAAUAUAAGAUAAACCAUUAAGACAAAAGGGCCACUGCAACUUAACAUAGUCAUACAGUUACCAUCAUUAGCUGGAUGCUUAACUUUUUAGAGAAAAAAGGAUAAAUCACAAAGGAAUAUUUGAUUAAUUUGCAUUGUUUAAAGUAUGGUGAAUUGGUGAAUAAUGAUGAUGAUGGAAUAAGAAGAUCGAAAAAAAGUCACGCCAUAAUGAGGUGUUAUUUGAAAUCAUAAAUUUGUGACAGAACUAGAAUGGGAUGACAGUAACAAUGAGUAAAUUUCACACAUCACCCACGAGACAUUACAACGGAGGACCCCAGGACUAUCAAAAUGGGGGACUAGAUGAGGGAGAUGUUAGUUUUAUAUCGGGUAGUCCAGCACAUGGAUACAAUGACGAGAACCAAACAGGGACUGUUUUUAUCAGGAUAUCUAUUCCAGAACUAAAAAUUCAGGUAAAAUGUUUACAGUUUGAGCUAGAUGAAACAGUAUGGCAUGCCAAACAAAGAUUGCUGACCAACUUUCCAGAGGAUUUGAGAGACUCGAUUAACUAUGGUCUGUAUAUGCCUCCUAUGAAUGGAAGAGCUGGCAAGUUUCUGGAUGAAGAAAGAUUUCUUAGUGAAUAUCCACUACAGGGACCAAUAGGAUUUCUGGAGUUCAAGCACAAGAAAAGAGUAUACAAACUAAUGCAUGUAAACCCAAGGAAGUUAAAACAGCUACAUACCAAAAGUUAUCUAAAAAGUUUUCUGGAGUGUGUAAAAAGUGGAAAUGUAGAAAAAGUAACAAAAAUGACCAACAAGGGGCUGGACCCUAACUUCCAUGAUCAUAGUACAGGGGAAACACCACUUACAAUGGCAUGUUCGAUAAAAGGAGGUAAAUGUAGAGAAAUAGUCCUGACACUAGUUGGUGGUGGAGGCCAUCUUGAUUUUAGGAACAAGAAAGGAAUGACCGCCUUACAUAAAGCUGUGCUGGUCAAAAAUCCCACAGCUGUUAAGGUGUUGUUAGAUCUUGGUUUGUCACCUAACAUGAAGGAUGCUAGAUGUUUGACACCCCUUUACUAUGGUAUAGCCCAUAAUUCAGACCCUGCCAUUACAGAAAUGUUACUGCAAGAAAGGGCAGUGAUAGGCUCUCAGGAUGAACAGGGGUGGUAUGAAAUUCAUCAUGCAUGUAAAGAAGGACUGUUGCAGCAUUUGGAACAUCUCUUGUUUUAUGGUGCUGACAUGGAUGUUCAGAAUGCAGGUGGAAAUACAGCUAUCCACAUUUGUGCUAUAAAUAAUCAGGAAUCUUGCCUUCGUGUUCUUUUAUUCCGUGGUGCUAAUAAAGAUAUACAAAACUACCAGAACCAGUCAGCUUUCCAGGUGGCAGUUAUAUCUGGGAACCAGGGCAUUGCAGAUAUACUCCAUAAACAUAAGUCAGAUGAUAUAGUGCAAUAUCGUGAAGUUCCAAAAUAUUCUGUGAGAAGACGGGAUUCUGUUGCUUCGGCAGCCAUGUUUGCUCUGUCAAGAAGUCGUAGUGAUCCCAGAAUAAACCUCAUCAUGGCAGAAGGCCGAUAUAUCAGUCCAUCAAACUCUACUCAAAGUUUUUCACAUUUAGACAAUAUUUCAUCCCCAUCAAGAGACUACAGCACAGACUCACCAAGGUCUAUGAGUAUUUCCAGUACCAGUUCAGGACCAGCAGGUUAUGAUUCACAUUUGUCCUUUUCUGAGAAUGAUGGAAUAUAUCAACGACCACAAAGUAUAUGUCUCCCAGGAUUUAAUGGAAGUGUUCGUAGCCUCACUCAUAUAAACAGUAUAUUCAAUAGACAAAAAAUGUUCCAAAGCCAUAGCACCUCAUUCAUUCCAGAGAGGCCAAAUACUAUUAGUGCCGCAUUUUCUGCUAGACUUGGAAUUAAUAACGCUAGGAGACGAUUGUCAGAAGUUUUUGACAAUGAUCAUGUGACUAGAAAUUAUGCAAAUAAUUGGUACAAUAUUAGUGCAGAACAGAUUCCAUAUUCUACCACUUAUUACAAACCUAACAUUGAAAAAUCGUCUAUGUGUAGUUCGUCAUCAGACAAUUUAAAGGAGUUGGAUGUAGAAUGGAAUUAUACAAAUGGAAUUAAAUAUUUUGACGAUAAAAUAAAGGAAGUGGAUGUAAUUUUGAAUAAACAAUCGUCACCCGAUAAAGAGAGUGAUACCUCUAGCGUUGUUUCAGCCAGAUGGAGGCCAUAUGACCAAUACGCUGUGAAACUUGAUAAUACAUCAAGUGAAAGUCAUGAAUCAAACCGACCUAAAAAAAAUUCUCAGUUGGUGACGCGACCAAGAAUUCCAAGACGCCUGUCCCUGAUUAAUGAGGAGCAGUACCUGAGUCUUAUCAAUAAAGAUGAUAGUAUUUUUAUCUGUGUUGUGGCGUAUGAAGCCAAAUAUCCAGAUGAGUUAUCCAUGAAGAAAGGAGAAAUAAUUGAAGUUGUGGGUACUGGAGACAAUGGAAUGUGGGAAGGUCGAGCCAAUGGACAGGAAGGAUUUUUCCCUUAUCAUCAUGUACAGGAAGUCAGACUGAGGAAAGCCGGUUCCUGUGGGGAUAUUUUACGGGAGACCACUUUACAAAGAAAUACCUUGGCAUCAAUAGUUCAUACAUACAGUGAUUAUGCUCCUAGAACUGUAGUAUUACAAAGAGGACCAGAGGGCUAUGGCUUUAUUCUCAGAGGAGCUAAAUCACAAAGUACAAGAAAUGGAGAGCUUGAUUUCCACCCUACACCAGAGUUCCCUGCCUUACAAUAUUUGGACAGUGUGGACCCAAGCAGUCGCGCAGAUAGAGCAGGUUUAAAACCUGGGGAUUUUAUAUUAGAGAUAAAUGGUGAAAAUGUGGUCCGUGCAUCGCAUGACCGAGUGGUACAGGUUAUACGUAACUCUGGAGAUACCCUGGCUAUGAAGGUAGUGACAGUAAGACCUCAACAGAACCCAGUAAAUUGGCAACAUAUAGAUGGUACAAUGACGCUGCCAUCAAGAGCUACCAGUAGUGCAAGUGCUGCUAGUAAAAAACAAGCACCCCAGCCACCACGAAGAGACCCAAGGACUUCACUUUCGAAAGAGAAGGGUAGACAGAUAGCAGAGGGACUGAGUGAAUUAGAUCAGCUAGAUUUAGCCUUGGCAGAAUUUGAAAGAGAAAACUUAGAACAACAUAAUGUAACAACUGAACAGAAAACAGCAUCCAUCAGAGCAAAACAUGCAUCAAAACGUGUCUCAUGUGUGGAUUUAUCAAACAUCGAAGGAUACGAUUCAGAAAAAAGUGACCAUAGAAGUCCGUCAGAAAGAAUUAUACAUAAAUACAAUAAUGAACGUAAACAGAGUGCUAUGGAACGAUCACAAAGUACGCCUGAUCUGUCCGACAAAAAGCCAGAGCCUGUAUAUGCAACACCUGUAGUACCAGGUUCUGCAGGUGUUCAACGUAGAAAUGACGGAACUUAUGUGUAUGCUGUUCCAGAAGACAGUCUUUCAAUGAAAAGUUCAACUUCAACUUCAGAAAGACCAAAGGGUCCACCACCGCCCCCACCUGGAGCUCUUGGGUUUAAAAGACCUGCUCCAGGUGUGCCGAAAGAUGAAGUAGUUGUUCAGCCAGCAAACGCUGAAAUGGUGUCUAUAAACACAAUAGGAAGUAGGACUUCAUUGUAUGCUAGACCAGAAAAGAUUUCAACAGCUCCUCAAGAUGAUUUCGAAUCAAGUUUUCGACCUGGUGCUUCAGCUAAAAUGACUGAUGAACCUAAAGUUAAAUCAAAGGCUCAUCAAAGAAAUUCUAGUCUUACUUCCACAAACUCUGGAGGAAGUCGCCAAAGUGACGACAAACACAGUGUAUCUUUUGCCGAGGAUAAAGUGUUAGACAAUGCUAAAACAUAUCUUCAAAAACAUCCAAAUGCAAAACUGCUUGUUACAGCAGAUGUACAUUCUAAUGUGAAGAAACAGACAGGCAAAUAUGAGCCAGAACCUGAUUAUGACAUUGAGGAUGACAAGGUCAAAAGUAAAGUUACUGUAAUUUCCAUUGGUGAUAGAAAAACAACUGAUUCAGAAAUGAAAAGAUAUUCUGUUCGUUCAGACAUUCCAGCUGGUAACAUUCCACCUCCGCCAUCUGAACCAGCUCCAACUCCACCAACAAAAACAAUAGCACCAGCUCAGACAACUGUAAAGUCUGCAGCUCCACAGCCAGCUAAAGCAGGAGCUACUCUGCCAUCUGCGGCAAAAUCUGCUGCUCCUAAACCUCCUUCGCCAAAAUCUAAAACACCAUCUCCAAAGGUAGAGCAGAAAAUAGUUACACAAAAGAAGGAGGAAGUAAAAAUUGAAAAUAUACCGUCUGCUCCCGCAGCGCCUCCAAUGCCACCAGCAGCACCUCCACCACCACCUGCUCCACCACUGCCACCAGCUGAGCCACCUGCUCCUCCCCUUCCAAAAUCAGUACCUCCAGCUUUGGAAAAAGCCAAGCAAAAUAAUACAACACCUCAAGGUAUUGAGACUAAUGAUCUAUUAGCUGCUGUUAGAAAACGUCAACAAAGGAUGGAUAUAGAAGGACCAAAAAUUUCAGCCUUACCUGAAAGUAAGGAUGGACCUCAAAAGGAUGACAAUCAAGCAGCCAUUAUAGCAGCCGUUGCUAGGCGAAGAAGAAUGCUUGAAGAAAAAGGAGACUCAUCAGUUAUUGAUGCCAUAGAAACAAAGCUACAAAAAACUAAGAAAUUACAGUCAGCAAAAUUAGCAUUCUCCAGUGAUAAUAUUGGGAAAACUCCAGAAAUGAAACCAAAAGUGACAAAACCAGUGGAGCCUAAAGCUAGUGUAAAUGAUCUUAAAUCAACAAUGGAAAGACAACCUCCUAAGGUUGAUAUAAAACCAAUGAAAAGUGUUGCAGUGAAAGGAAAGGAGCCAACAAAAAUUAUGAGUACAGUAAACGGAGGUGCUGUCAAAACACCUGUUAAAUUGGAGGUAAAAACAGACACCAAAAUAACUGAUUCUAGCAAGCCAAUUAUUACAAGCACACCAAAAACUGAAAAUAAGGAGAAUUCUGUCAGUUCGCCUCGUGGCACUGACUAUGUAGCUUUAGCUGAAAAAGCUCGCCAAGAUUACUUGCAGAAAAAAGCAAGUCAGACUUCACUUCGUGUAACUGCAACAAACAAUUCACCAAAAACGGUCAGUAAACCUGCAGACAGGUCAAAGUCUCCAGCAAAAACAAUACCAACAUCACCAUUAAUAGCUCAGAGUACAACAAAUACUACAAAAGUACCGAUUAGAGAUCAAAAUAAAAACAUUAUAACUACGGGUGUCCCUAAUGACAGGACCAAAGUGUUUAGUUCUGUAAGUCAAAUACCAAAUGGUAAUGUGAAAAACAUGUCAUCCAAAAAUAAGGACAAUGGUGUUUCAUCCUUAAAACCCACAAAGGAUAUAGAUGUGAUUGGUCAAAAUAAAACUUCUAUUAAAGACAGAAUAGCCAGUAUAAAUAAGACUGAACAAUCCAAGGUAAACAUGAAUGGUAAAGUUUCAAAUGAAAAAUUGAGUGUGAAAGGGGUAACUGUGGAAAGUUCAGGAACGGACAAAUCUUCUUUGCCGCCACCUCCUGAGUUUGGAGAUUCUGUGCAACUUGAAAUAAUUCCUCCGCCAAUGGGAUUUGAUAGCGGAAGUAACUAUAGUGAUAUAUCUAGACAAAGUUCUGUAUUUAAUCAGGAGGACAAUGAGAGUUUAGUUUCUUCUGUGUCAACUGUUUCUACUUUAUCAGACGAUCAAGCCGAUUCUGGAUAUGGUCGACAGCGCCAUAACUAUGAGGAAUUAAUAGCCCCUCCACCCCCUGGUUUUGGGGAUUUGAACUCAAAUCAGGGCUAUGACACAAUUCCAUCAGUCAUUCCACCUCCACCAAGCUUUGGGGAGGAAAAACGUGAUUUAAUGAACAAAUCCAGACAAGUGACGAAACCUUUUGGUUCCAAGUCUGUUGAUAACUGGCAAUGUCUUGACGUACUUGAUUGGUUAGACAGUUUAAAAUUAUCGCAAUAUAAGACAAGCUUUCAACAAAAGUGCAUUGACGGUAAAAGGUUGCAAAAUCUUACCCGGAAUGAUUAUUUGGACUUGGGAGUAACGCAAGUUGGUCAUCGCAUGAACUUAGAACGAUCAAUUAAGAAACUGAAUUUACCUAAAAAUGUUGUCUCAUCUAGUCACUUGUGAUUUUAUAAUUUCAUCCAGAAUCAUUCAUUUGUAUAAUAGUUAACAUAUUUGAAAAUUUUCAGAGCACAAUGACUUUGAACUUAAUGAGUGCUACAAUAUUUAUCUAUAUAAACUUAUCAUAUGUUACAACGAAAAAAAAACUGUUACCAUGAAAAAAGCAUGGUAUCAUUUGGUAUGAAUUAAAAUGAAAAACAUUUUGCCUAGAAAUCAGACACAUUUACUUUUCAAGUAUUUAAGAAUUUUAAAUUGUACUCAUUUUAAAACUUCUGUUGAUGUGUGACAACAACAAAAAUAUACAUAUUAAGCAGUUUUCAUGAUUGGACUGUGGAAUAAAUGCUUGAAUGGACUAUUUUAUGAAAGAAGGAAUCUGGUGUAAGGAAGGUUGUGAUGUAAAACAACAUAAGUUGUUGAAAAAAUCUGUGAUUUUUAAUUUAAAUUUGAAGUCUUCCAUAAGGUUGUAAUUAUAUCUUUUAAGGCAUAUAUAUUUUUUUCGUUUUAAGUAAUUAAAUGUGUGCCAAUUUAGAUACAUAGUCUGGUGACUCUGGGCAAUUUUAUUUUUCACAUUUGUCUUAUUAUAAACAGUUUUAAUGUUUAAUCUCUAUAUUUAUUAUUGUUUUCCAUAAUCAUUUUAAAAACAAACUAGUCUGUCAGAAUAAGAUUAUUUUCUAAUGAAUAUUAGAUAGUGGGAAAUACAUUUCAUCGUACAUCCUGAACUUUAUCAGAUGAGUGCUUUUGGUAUUUGAUUUUACUGAUACUUAUUUAUUUGUAAAUUAUUAUUUUUGGAGAUGCACUCCAUUUUUUUUUAUCAACACAGCCAUAUCUAUUCUCAAUAUCAUGUAGUUUUUUGUUUGAAAAAUACAUGAAAUGUUUCUCAGUAAGUGUUAAUAAAUUUUGUUUCCCCAAGAACAGUUAUCUUUUAUUUGCUUCUUGGCGAAUUUUGUAAUUUUGUUACUAAAAAUCUCAAAAUUUAGACAGAAUAUAUAUAUUGUUCAUUAUUAGAUUAAUAUUUUCAUGCAAUCAGUAUUUUUCUUUUAAUUUUACCUCAAACAUGGGAAUACUCAUAUUUCAAGAAAUUUUAUUGAUCAUAAUAAAUUAUUGGACAAAAUCCUUCUGUAUGAGGGGAGAUAACUCUAAUUUUGUUGAUCAUUACUAUUGGACAACAUCCUUCUGUAUGAGGGGAGAUAACUUGAGUGUCAUUGUUAUCUAGAUAGCAUUAUUUAGAAUUAGGGAAGAAUAAAGACAUUUUAAACUAGCAUUAGGACAGAUAAUAACACUAGUCUUGAAAGGUUCAAAAUAGAACUGGAUUUUUAAACUCUCUCUAUUUUGUUUUAAGACACAAUGUCUAGGAAAAAGCAUUAUUAGUUAUAUUUUGAAGAGCAAGUAUUUUCCUUGUUUUGUUUCCAGGUUUUAGUUUUUUCCUGUGAUACAUUUUUUUCAUAUCAUUAUUUCAUACUGGACCAUAUACAGUAUGCUGGCAAUCAUUUUGUACCAAUAUUGCUUCACUACAUUAGUAGUCCAAAUAUAGUAUGAUUUGUAAUUUUAACUUAUUGAGUGGCGUAUGUACUGGUUUAUGUACAGUGCUUUUGUGAAAUUAUUAUAAAAACAUUUUUUAUUGAUGAAAUUCAAAAUACUAGCAUGAUUCAAGACUAGUGCAUGUGUUGUUAUUAUAGAAUGUCAUCCACAUAUAAAAGUUGCCAUUUCAUCUAAAUUUCAGAGGCAUUUCCAUAGUUCAGUAAUCUCAAUAUUAAAAAUAAGAAGAUUUUCAGAUAGAAAUUAUGUUUUCAAUAAAUAUUAAAAGCAAACAAAAUUGAUUUUUGCAUUUGAAAAUAUUUAAUUGAUAUAUUGAUAUUUUUCUAUUUCCUUGAAAAUUUUCAUAUUAUUAAAAAAAAAUCUCUCCAUUUUUAUUAAAAAAAAUAUUU